GGCUUAGCCACACACAUAUACACACUGGUCGACGCUGCGGACUGUUGUUGUUCUGAAGCUAAGCUAACUGAAGAUGUCAGGCAGCUCGAGCCGUUAACCUCGCAGCUGGGGACGUUGGUUAACUCUGACGGGGUGGAUGUUAGCUGUUAGCGCACUGUAAGCAGGUAGAUUACAGCAGAUGCUACGCUAACAGAUCGCUGUUCCCGGGUGGAUCAGUUUAUCUAAGAUGCAGCCAUUAUCUGCUCCAGCUGCUCGCUGACCUCAUCAUCAUCACCAUCAUCACCUAUCUCACCUGCCCCCCCCUCAUCAGGGUGAUGUCGGCCCUCAGAUCUGGCUGCAGGCUGCAGACUGUACUCUACCUGCUUUCUCUCUCAGGAUGCAUUGCAGCAUCUCAGAGGAACGACAACUUGUACGUUUCAGGGAUUUCUAACGCCUGUGGCGAGGGGGCGGAACUCCUGAGAGCCUCCAGCGGCGUCAUCAGCAGCCCGGGCUGGCCCCUCAGGUACCAGGAGAGACUGAACUGCAGCUGGAGCAUCAGAGGGAGACCAGGAGACACUGUCACUGUCAGCUUCCAGGACUUUGAUCUGCAGUCCUCCCACCGCUGUGCUGCAGACUGGAUGUCUGUGGGAAGCUUUCGGAGUCUGGAGGGUCUGAGGGUCUGCGGCUCAUCGCUGCCGCAACCCUACAUCUCAUCUCAGGACCACGUCUGGAUCCACUUCCACUCCGACAGCGACAGCGUGACGGGGAAGGGCUUCAGGCUGUCCUACAUCACCGGUUCUCUCUUGGCCCCGGGCUGUGACGUGGACCAGUUCCACUGCUCUAAUGGGAAGUGCAUCCCUGACUGGUGGCGCUGUAACUCGAUGGAUGAGUGUGGAGAUAACUCAGACGAAGAGCUGUGCCUCGACUCCCCCCUAUCCUUCACCCCCUGUGGCCUGCACCAGUUCCCCUGCCUGUCCCGCUACACCCGCAUCUACACCUGCCUCCCCCACAGCUUGCGCUGUGACGGGACCAUUGACUGCCAGGACCUGGGGGACGAGAUUGACUGUGAGGUUCCGUCCUGCGGAGAGAGACUCAGGAACUUCUACGGUUCCUUCAGCUCCCCCAACUACCCUGAUUUCUACCCCCCUGGCAGCAACUGCUCCUGGACCAUCGACACCGGGGACCCCCGCAAGGUUGUCCUGAGGUUCACAGACUUUAAGCUGGAUGGGACGGGGUAUGGAGAUUACGUGAAGGUGUACGACGGUCUUGAGGAAAACCCCCGCCGACUCCUGCGUGUCCUUACCGCCUUCGAUUCCCGGGCUCCAGUCGCCGUGGUUUCCUCCUCCGGACAGCUGCGCAUCCACUUCUACGCCGACAAGAUCAACGCUGCCAGAGGCUUCAACGCCACCUACCAGGUGGACGGGUUCUGCCUGCCCUGGGAGGUUCCCUGCGGGGGGAACUGGGGAUGCUACACAGAGCAGCAGCGCUGUGACGGUUACUGGCACUGUCCAAACGGACGGGACGAGCUGAACUGUUCUUCUUGUCAGGAAGAUGAGUUCCCCUGCUCCAGAAACGGAGCGUGUUACCCUCGAUCGGACCGCUGCAACUACCAGAACCGCUGCCCCAAUGGAUCCGAUGAGAAGAACUGCUUCUUCUGCCAGCCCGGGAACUUCCACUGCAAGAAUAACCGCUGUGUGUUUGAGUCGUGGGUUUGUGACGCGCAGGAUGACUGCGGCGAUGGCAGCGAUGAGGAGAGCUGUCCGGUCAUCGUUCCCACCAGAGUAAUUACCGCCGCCGUCAUCGGCAGCCUGAUCUGCGGCCUGCUGCUCGUCAUCGCGCUCGGCUGCACCUGCAAGCUCUACUCGCUGCGCAUGUUUGAACGCAGGUCCUUUGAAACGCAGUUGUCCAGGGUGGAGGCGGAGCUCCUGAGGAGAGAGGCCCCGCCAUCUUAUGGUCAGCUGAUUGCCCAGGGUCUGAUCCCGCCGGUGGAAGAUUUCCCAGUGUGCUCUGGGAGCCAGGCGUCGGUCCUGGAGAACCUCCGGCUGGCGGUCCGCUCUCAGCUCGGCUUCACCUCCCUGAGGCUGCCCUCUUCUGGUCGCCAUAGCAACCUUUGGCGCCGCCUUUUCACAUUCUCGCGCUCUCGGCGCUCCGGUUCUCUGGCGCUGGUCUCGGCUGACCUGGAAGACGCAGGCAGCUCUGGCAGCUCUGACCUGCUGACCCCGGACUCUGAUGACACCGACACGGAGGGUGAGCGAAGUGGGUUGAGGGAGCGCGGCGUUGGUGCAGUGGGAGGGCCCGUGGCCCCGCUUCCACAGAAAACUCCACCCUCUACAGGUGUGGAGGCCGUGGUUUCCGUGACAAUGUCUGCACCCCCAGUCACCCUGACUGCCACCUGUGACCACGGCCGGAACCGGGAGGCCCACCCCCCCUCCAGCCCUGUCAACGCGGUAACCUCUGGUCCUGAUCCUGAGUGUCACGUCGAUGGCCCGGAGGCUCUGCCCCCCUCCGCCCUGCAGCGAUUGGCCCAGAACCUGACCCGCCUCGCCCGCCGUCUGAGCAGGUCCGGCCCGCAGGACUGGACCAAUCACAGUCCUCUGCGCCAGCUGGAGACAGGAAGAGGCGGGGCCGAGGCCGGCGAGCAGCGAAGCAGAGAAGAAGAAGAAGACGUGGAGCUGCUGAUCCCCGUCUCAGACUCUGACUCUGCGUCCUCAUCCUCAUUGGACGCCAGGCAGCCGCUCCUGGAACCACAACCCUCUUACAGCACAUGCCAUGCCCCCCUCCAUCACCGCGGUAACGUUGGGCCGUGUGAACACUGUGGGAUUGUGCACACCGCCCUGAUCCCCGACGCCUGCAGAGGGGGGAAGACGGAAAGCAGUGACGACGAGCUCCUUCUGCUCUGCUAACGGCUAACAGGCUAACUGAUGUCCUACAAUCAGCUAACGUGCUAACAGAUGUCCUAACAAAAGCUAAUGUGGUGACUGAACGCUAAUAUGGUACCUGGCUUCAUCACUAGCUAACUAGCAGGCUUACACUACAAAUCUUUCCCUGACACCUGAAACUCCAACUAGCCAACAUGCUAACUGUUGGCCUGGACUAUGAACAGCCAGCUGGUUAACUUUCACCUGGACUACAGCUACACCUGUUAGCAUGUUAGCUGGAUCAACAGUUCCGUAAGAGAUGUCGGUACAAUUCUAAAACUCUCCUGGUCUGUCCCAUAAGACGCGCCCUGCUUCCUGCUCGUUGGUAUGACUGUAAACUGUGACUCCUGGCCGGUGGAACUCUUUAAAAGGUCCCCCUUUGUGCUGUCGAAUGGAACUGUGAGAAUGACAAGGGUCAUGUGACUUGUGCUGGUAGUUACAGUAAGCUACAGUUAGCUACCCGCAGGCUAGUAUAAUGCUAGGCUAAUCCACAGAACAGGGUGGGGCAAUAACGUUUAAACUGGUGUGAUACUAAUCCAGACUCACCAGUACGUAAUCCACCAGGUGUCCCCAAGGUGUCCCGGUUCUACAUAAACCGUUACAGAUCUGAUCCUCGGAAACCCGUUUAUAAUGUUUACAUCUGUAACUCAUCAGCAGUCUGCUGCGAGGGAACAUGUUCCUGAUUAAUGAUAACAUAUUGUACGUUAUUAAUAAUAAAAAGUGUCGUCAUGCCGACAGUCAACCUGUAUAAAAUCCAAUAAACAAACCAGUACGUCACUCUGUCACUGUGCACAGAGUACACUCUGUACACACUGUACACACUGUACACACUGUACACACUGUACACACUGCCGAGUACACACUGUACACACUGUACACACUGCAGAGUACACACUGUACACACUGCAGAGUACACACUGCCGAGUAUACACUGCAGAAUACACACUGCCGAGUAUACACUGCUGAGUAUACACUGUACACACUGCAGAGUACACACUGUACACACUGCCGAGUAUACACUGCAGAAUACACACUGCCGAGUAUACACUGCUGAGUACACACUGUACACACUGCAGAGUACACACUGUACACACUGCAGAGUACACACUGUACACACUGCCGAGUAUACACUGCAGAAUACACACUGCCGAGUAUACACUGCUGAGUACACACUGUACACACUGCAGAGUACACACUGUACACACUGCCGAGUAUACACUGCAGAAUACACACUGCCGAGUAUACACUGCUGAGUACACACUGUACACACUGCAGAGUACACACUGCAGAGUACACACUGCAGAGGACACACUGCAGAUUCCCCCCCCCUGUAUUUAUGAUCCGUCUCAGUUUUUGGUACUUGUGAGACUGAAUAUUUAUUGUUAUUAUUCUGAUGUUUGUGAAUAUGCGAUGGUUGUUGUUGUUGUUGUUGUUGUUGUGUAGCUGCAUGUGUGUGUUUUCUUUGUGAUGUUACAGAUGUUACUGCACCGACAUUAAAGUUUACCUUCUUCUGUU